UGCUUGCAGUGUGAACUUGCGAAGCGACGCGCUAUGAAGAGCUACCUCAAGUACGCACCGGAAGCCGCCUUUGGCGUCAUUGCGAGCCCGGGCGCGCCGGUCGUCUAUGACCUCACGGGCCAGCUCGCUAUCUGCGGCGCGCUCAAGAACGUCAUUGUGUGGAACAUCCGCACGGGCACGCAGGUGCGUGUGCUCAAGGCCGACACGGAGAACGACACGGCGGGCCAAGUCACCGCGCUGCGCCUGAGCAUCGAUGGCGCCUUUGUCGCGGUCGGCUACUCGACGGGCAUCAUUCGCAUCUUCAAGCUUAGCAACGGCAACGUCGAGGUGACGCUCGAUGGCCACAAGAACGCGAUCGAGUGCUUGGCCUUUGGCGAAGGCGGCGCGCUCCUCGCAUCGGGCUCGCGCGACACGGACAUCAUCGUGUGGGACGUCGUGAGUCAGUCGGGCUUGUACCGCCUGCGGGGCCACAAGGACGCGGUCACGUCCGUGGGCUUUGUCGAGAACCAGCGAUCGCUGCUCUCGACCUCCAAGGACUCGCUCCUCAAGGUGUGGGACCUCGAUACACAGCACUGCGUCCAGACGUGCGUCGACCACCGCAACGAGGUCUGGUCGCUCGACAUGCAAAAAAGCACGCGGCGCAUCCUCACGGGCGCAUCCGACAACAAGCUCCGCGUCUACGGCGUCAACGAAGGCGACGACGUGGGCGACAAGCGCAUCUCGCUGCUCGGCACGAUCCAGCGCUCGACCCACGACCGCGCCAUGCACGUCGCGUACAACAGCCAUGGCACGCUGCUGGGUUGCCAGGGCGCGGGCAAGACCAUUGAGAUCUUCCGUCUCCGGUCGGCCGACGAGCAAAAGAAGAAGGCACAGCGUCGCCUCAAGCGUGCGCGUGAAAAGGCCCGCAAGAAGGAAGCGGCGGACGGCAAGCCGGGCUUGUCCAUCCCGGCCGUCGAGGCUGACAAUGACAACGACAAAGAGGACGACGACGACGACGACGCCAACCCGAUCGCGAACGAGGUCGAGCUCCUCUGCAUCAUCCGCUGCAGCGCCAAGGUCCGGUCGUUCGCCUUCUCGCCCGACGUCGCCAAGGACGGCACAACCUCCGUGCUCGUCUCGCUCCACAACAACGCGAUCGAGACGUAUGCGCUGACGCCGUCGGCCGAGUCGAUGGACGCGCGCUUCGCCAAAGUGCACGCGGUGACGCUGCCCGGGCACCGGUCGGACGUGCGCCAAGUCAACAUUUCGUCCGACGACCAGCUCGUGCUCAGUGUCUCGUCCGCGUCCGUCAAGGUCUGGAACGCGCGCUCGAUGCAGUGCGUCCGGACGCUCACGGACUUUUCAUUGGCGCUCUCGGCCGUCUUUGCGCCGGGCAAUCUGCACGUCGUCGUUGGCACCAAGGCCGGCGAGCUCCUCCUCUUUGAACUCGCGUCGGGCGAGUGCAUUUGGAAAAAGACGGACGCGCAUGCGGGUGCCAUUUGGUCGAUCGACGUGCGGCCGGACGGAAAGGGCCUCGCGACGGGCGGCGCCGACCACAUGGUCAACUUUUGGGAGUUUGAAAUGGCGGCGCAAUCCAAUGGCGGGAGCCUCAAGCUCGGCCUCGCGCACGUCCGCAUGCUCAAAAUGUCGGACGACGUGCUCUGCGUCAAGUUUAGCCACUCGAGCGACCCGCGCAAGCUCCUCGUCGCGGUCGCGCUCCUCGACUGCACGGUCAAGGUGUUUUACGACGACUCGCUCAAGUUCUUUCUGUCGCUCUACGGCCACAAGCUGCCGGUGAUGGCGAUGGACAUCUCGACCGACGACACGCUGCUCGUGACCGCGUCCGCGGACAAGAACGUCAAGCUCUGGGGCCUCGACUUUGGCGACUGCCACAAGUCGCUCUUCGCCCACGACGAGGCGAUCAUGGGCAUCUGCUUCGUGCCGCGGACGCACUUUUUCUUCACGUGCGCCAAAGACAAGUGCGUCUCGUACUGGGACGGCGACCACUUUGAGCGCAUCCUCAAGCUCGAGAACAACCACUUUGGCGAAGUGUGGGCGAUCGCCGUCGCGCGCGACGGGUCGUUUGUCAUCUCGGCGUCGCAGGAUCGGUCGCUCGUCAAGUACGCGCGCUCGGACGACCAAGUCUUUAUCGAAGAAGAAAAGGAGAAGGAGCUCGAAGCCAUGUUUGAAGCCGACUUGAACCCGAGCAACAAUAGCGCGCCGACGCUGAACGGCGCCAGCACGGUCGUCGAAGCCGAGUCGGCGACCGCGACCAAGAAGACGAUCCAGACCGUCAAGAGCGGCGAGCGCCUCAUUGAGGCCAUUGACUUGGCCGAGCACGAAGCCAAAUCCGCGACGCCCGGCGGCAACAUCCUCCUCCUCGGCUUCUCGCCGCUCAAGUAUGUGCUCCGGAGUCUCCGCGAGAUCCGCGCGCAGGACCUCGAGGAGGCGCUGCUCGUGCUGCCGUUCGACUAUGUUCAGAAGCUCAUCAAGUACCUGCUGCAGCUCAUUGCGGCCGAGCUCGAGGUGGAGCUCUGCUGCAACAGCAUUCUCUUCCUCGUCAAAGUCCACCACAACCAGAUUGUGGCCAACGCGUCGCUCCUCGGCGAGCUCGACACGCUGUGGCACUCGCUGCGAACGAACCUCGUCUCGGCCAAGAACCAGAUCGGCUUCAACCUCGCUGGCAUGAAGUACAUCAAACGCCAAGUCGAGGCCAACAAGACGGGCUACUUUGAGGAGCCGCCGGCCAAGAAGACCAAGAAGGUGACCAAGUAACACCCGCAAUCCAAUAUACUUUAUACGUACACGCCA